AUGUGGUUAGGAGACAUCCCUCCUGAAUUACAAGGAUUAACAAUUCCAGAAGAAAAGCUAAUUUCACUUUAUCGUCAUAAUAGCUGUGUGAUAAAACUUCAUUCACCAUUUCACUCAGCUACAACUGCUCAAGCAGCAUUGAAAGGCAAUUGUAUUACUUUUCUUCAAAGUUUACCGAAUAUUGUUAACAGUUUACCACUGAAACUUGAUGAUUUGUGUGAUACAUUAAAAGUGAUUUUUGUUGGUGCACAUCGUCCUGAGCGUGUCCAUCUUAAGAAGGUCUUAACAGUUCGCAAGAAAAAAGUCACUCAAGCGUUGCAUUGGCUGAAACAAAAUAACAUACUUUAUCAAAACAUCGAAAUUAAUCUUCAUAAUAUUAAUCAAUUGCCUGAAGAUGACGUGCCAGAAGCUAUCAUGUUAACGAUGGAACAGAAGAUCGGUGAUGAAGAAAUUCCACCUGAAAGAGUCGGAUAUGCUCCUGAUCCAUUAGAUGAUCCGACUGAAUCCAGAAAUUCAGACACUAUCCCUAUCAGCAAUAGUGGUGUUCUCGACGUGAAUGGAUCCACUGUAACUUCAGACGAAAUAAAAAAUUAUGUUUUACGCAAAAUCAAAAAUGAUAAAGCAACCGAACAGAUGGAUAUCGAAAGUAUUUACGUAAUUCCUCAUUCAUCGAAACCUGUUAAUGAAUAUUUUAAUCCAAAACUACUAAUAGGGCUGUAUCCAACUCUAUUCUGUUAUGGAUAUGUAUCGCCCGAAGAUAAAUCACGUCCAGUUGAAAUAAAAUUACGAGAACACAUACGUUACCUGUUAUCAUAUGACGAUCGACGCUUUGAAACAAGUCAUAGUUUUAUAUUUGUAGUUUUUAAUCUUUUGCAACGACGUGAUGCUUGUUUUCAUGCUCAACUGAUAGCCACGAAACCUUACUUUCAAGCAUCUGCUCAGGAAAUUCAGUCAUUAAACAGUAACGAUAUUGAAAUGGCUCUCAACAAAAGUCAAAACAAUACGUUUAGCUCGACAUCCAAUGCAUCAUUACAUAAACUACUCAAUCAUAUUAAGACCAUCGGUGGCCGAGUUAUGGGCUCAACGUAUUCAAGAACAGCUUUGCGCACUCGUAUUCAUGCACUAAUAUAUAAUCAAGGUCUACCAAGCAUUUUUCUAACUUUGAAUCCAGCUGAUAUUCACAGUCCUGUGGCACUUUAUUUUGCCGGUGUCAAGCUUGAUUUAGACAACAUUCAAAUUGAGCAACUAAUGACUACUUAUAAAAGAGCUGAAAUUAUUGCUUCACAUCCUGUGGCUACUGCCAAGUUUUUCCAUUUAUUGAUCACUAACAUAUUAGAUACUAUGAUAGUUGGUGGUGUUCUUGGACCUGUAAAAGCUUACUUUGGUACUGUUGAAAAUCAAGGACGUGGCUCUCUUCAUUUACACCUUCUUAUUUGGCUCGAUCAUGAUUUUAAGCCAUCUGAUUUGAAAGAGAAAAUUCAAAAUGUUGAUUUCCGCGAAAAGUUAAAAGAAUAUUUAGAAGAUAUUAUCAAAGAAGACUUAGAUAAAUUCAAAGGCAACCGUACCUUUGCAAAUCCAGAUAUAUUAGGAGUGUGCGUUACUCCCUCAAGAUUAUCACACGAUGACAUAUAUUCAGCUUUAAAAACAAUCGAUCUCUCAGGAUUGGAGCAAGACACAAGUAAUUUCGGCAAUAUUCGAUCAACACCGAUGAAGGGACAAUCUUAUUCAUCGAUUAGUUUUGCUACACCAUCGCCGAAGCAGUAUUCAGAAACAACGUUGCAUGCUCAACAGAAUCAUGCAACGAAUGCUUUACGUAAUGUAUCAAAAAUAAUUCCUGCUUGCUUACCUACUCCAAAUCCAUCAUCACCUAAUUUUGCUUCAAGAUUUCGUGCAGAUAUAGUACAGCUUGUCGAAACAAGUAAUAUUCACAAACACAGUGAUACGUGCUACAAAUACUGGAAUGCCAAUCGAGGUGAUAAAAAAACGUGCCGAAUGCGUAUGCCGCGUAAAUUAGUAUCCAAUUCAACAAUUGAUCCUGCUACUGGGAAUAUUUGUAUGCGACGAUCCGAUCCUUGGAUCAAUAAUUUUAAUGAAUACCUCAUCACAGCUUGUCGUUCAAAUAUGGACAUUAAAUUUAUUUGGAGUGGUAGCGAUGCAAAGGCUCUUGUUUAUUAUAUUACUGAUUAUGUGACAAAAACGAGUCUCUCGUUUCAUGAUACAUUUUCUUUGGUACAAAAAAGCAUCACAUCACUCCAGAGUUUAAGGAAUCAAACUAAUAACGAAAGCGCAAUCGAGAAGUCUCGUAAACUCGUUCUGCGCUGUUAUAAUAUGCUUGCUUCUCAACAAGAAUUAUCUGGCGUUCAAGUAGCUUCUUAUCUUAUGAAUUGGGACGAUCACUAUACAACGCAUAGAUUCCAAGGUCUCUUUUUAAUUCAAACUGAACGAUUUUUACAAACACAACUAAAUGAAACGCGUGCUCAACAAAAAUUGGAAACUGCAGCACAGGAUGUGAUCGACAAUGAUACAUAUGAUGAUGAAGCUAUUGAUAAUGAUAACAACGACGAGGAACAGUUUCAAAUUCAAUCAACUGAGCAUGACAAAAAAUAUGUACUCGUUAACACACGAAUUGAUUAUCAGUAUCGCUCCGAUAAUCUCAAUAGAAUGUGUUUAUAUGACUUUGUUAGCAUAUUCUAUAAGAAAAAAAUGAAUUCUACAGAUCUGAAAUAUUUAUCCAAGAUAGCUGUAUCAAUAGAAGAAAAAAUUAACCGAAAAGGUCGACCACCUAAUGAACGAUUUCUUUUUCAAAAGCAGCAUCCUCAGGCUACAACCUAUUUAAUGAUGAAGUACAGCGAAUCUCAUGUGCCUGUUCUCUAUGGUCCUCAGAUCCCUCGACAAGAUCGUGAUGAUACUCGAGAACGAUAUUGUCGGGCUAUUCUCACACUUUUCGUACCCUGGCGUACUGUGACUGAUAUUUGUGACAUCGGUCAGACAUGGGAAGAUGCAUUUAAAUCUCGACAACAUCUUAUUUUGAGACAUUCAUGGACGAUAAUAGAAAACAUUCAACUUUUGCAUGAAUGCAAAAAGGACCGCGAUGAUCAUUUACUUCAAGUUAUCGCCGAAGCACAAACCGAUAAUAGCUUAGUCGAUCCUGUACUAAUACCGACUAAUCAAGUCGAUGGUGAAUAUGGCACUGAUGACAGUGACGAUUUACUUGAAUUAUUAGGUAAUUUGGAUGAAAACACAGUUGCCAUGCUCAAUGCUACAAAAAACUCAACAGAAAACAGAUAUAUUGAAGAAACAAUCGAAGCAGUCAAGAACGUCGGACGAUUUAACAGUGUGAACAGUAAGUAUUAUUUGAAUGUGAUCUUUAGAAUCGACAAUAAUCGUACAAAAUUUGUUGUAGCAUAUGACCAAUAUUCUUUAAAUGAACCGAGCGAUCGUAUCGAUCAAUCAUUGGUACCAUUUAUUUCUGCAACACCUAAUCUUGUUCGACUCAAUGCAAAAUGGCAAGAACAACUGAAAACUGAGAAAGAACAGAUUAGAAGAGGUUUGAUUACGGGCAACUUUGACAAAGACGAUGAUGGUAUGUUGAACUUGGAUGCUGCAAGAAGUGCCGUUGCCACUGUAGUGACUCUAAACAAUAUGAAUAUUAAUACGAAGAUAUGCGAAAACUAUGGUUCGAUUCCUGCAGUAAUAUUAGUCAAAGCGAACUCUUGUACUCAGAAGAGUGUUGCCGAUGAAUUUACACUGAACAGAGAACAACGGGCUGCAUUUAUGAUCAUAACAGGUCAUCUUGAUGGUGAUAGCCGCUGUCGUACAGGUAAUCUUUAUAAUAGAAGUCAUCACAUAUUGAAGUACAUAAUAUUUUCAGGUGACAAUAAUGGUCAGCUUAUAAUGUGCAUACCUGGAUGUGGUGGUACAGGCAAAUCACAAUUGAUUCGUGCUCUUACCAAAUACUUUUUAGUUACAAAGAGAAUACAAAUGAUGCGGAAGUUAGCACCUACUGGUAUUGCCGCUGCUGAAAUCGAUGGUAUGACCAUCCAUUCGUUUUUGGGUGAACAGCGUAACUCAGGAAAGGCACGUACAAUUAAACCAGGAGAUUUAAAACUCGAGAAGGAAUGGGCCCUCGUUGAAUACCUCUUAAUUGAUGAAAUAAGUAUGGUUGGUUUAACUCUACUUGCGAAACUCAACCGAAUUAUAUGUGCUGCAAAACAUACCGAUCCUCAAGUUCCAUUUGGUGGUGUAAAUGUCAUCUUCUUCGGCGAUUAUUUACAAUAUCGACCUGUAUAUGAUGUACCUCUACAUACAGAUUUCACUUUACCGGUUAAAAGUAAAUCAAACAAGAUAGCAACUGAAAAACAAAUUCAACAACGUGUUGCACGUUCUUUAAUUCUUCAAAUCAAUUGUGUGGUCAAACUUACUCAACAGAUGAGAACAGAAGAUCUACGUUAUCUUCAGCUACUCGAACGACUUCGUCAUGGAGAAUGUAACUACGAUGACUACGAAUUAUUGUUAACACGAGUAGUUGGGCAAUCUUCCGUACCCUUGUUAAGUGAUUCACCAUGGAAUAAAGCUCCGAUUCUCGUAUUUCGUAACGAAAUACGAACACAAUUAAACCACAAGGCAGUUAGUCACAAAGCACAACAAACGGGACAAACACCAAUAGUAUGCGUUGCCCAAGAUACCUGCAAAGGCAAACCAAUUGAAGACCGAGCACUUAUUAAAAAAUUAUUAGAAUUAUCUGAUAGCAAAACGGAGCAUCUACCAGGUCUAUUACCUCUUGUUCCUGGAAUGCCUGUCAUUUUAACGCAAAAUAUUGCAAUUGAAUUGGGUCUUAUCAACGGUGUGAACGGAAUCUUUCGGCAGCUUGUCUACCAGGAAGAUUCGGUGUCAACUGAUAUUAUUUCGGAAGAAUUUUCCAAGAAUGCACGAUAUGUCCAUCGACCUCUGUACGCCUUGGUGGAAAUUAGCAAAUCAAAGAUCGAAUGUAAUUUAGAACAACUUCAGCCAAAGCUGGUUCCAAUACCGGUAAUGGAACAAACAUUUCGAGUCGAUAUAGGCGAUAUGCUUCCAAAAGAUAAGAAACCAAAAUCAAAUAGAAAAACACUGUUAUCAAUUAAACGGCGCGCAUUACCACUUGUACCAGCUUAUUGCAUUACAACACACAAGAGUCAAGGUCAAACAUUGAAUAAAGUUGUGAUUGAUUUAAAACUGCCAAAUGAAACCGAUGAUAUUGCUGCAGUCUAUGUACCCUUAUCGCGGGUAAAACGCUUAACUGAUUUGGUUAUUUUGCGAUAUUUUGAUUACAAGGUGUUGUUAAUUAAACCCAGCAAGUCACAACUGACAGAAAUUGAACGACUCGAUAAACUAUAUUUAGAGACCCAAGCACGCUUUCCAGAAUGGUUGUAA